UUUCCUGGUCUCAUCAGAAGAAAAUCUGCGAAAAGGAAUUAUGAAUUAUCUAAAUUCAAUAUAACCCGUCUCUCUCUUCUCUCUUCUCUCUCCUGGCACAAGAAACUCAACAGCUCAGCCAUGGCCUCGGCCGCUGAAACUCGCCAACACCAUCAUCAACCCACCAAAUCCCUCUCUCUCUUCCUCCAAUCCACCGCCUCCAACCUCUUCUCUGUCCUAUCCUCCAAUACCCAGAAGCCCCCGGCUCCCAAAGCGACGCCGCCCAAGCCCCCCUCGAAGGUCUGCAUGCCCCUCCUCUUCGCCGGCGACUCGCCGCCCCAAGCGCUUCCCUUGCCCUUCUCUCCGCCCCCCGAGUCGACCCGGAGUGACUCGCUGUCCUCUCCGGCACCGGAGUCCAAGGGGUCGUCGCGGGACGCGGGCGGAGGGUUCCCGUCGACUGUGAGUAUCUCCGGUCUGAAUUCUGGGAGAAGGGCCGGCGGACCCGCCUUCGUGGGGCAGGUCUUCAGUAUGUGUGACCUUUCGGGUACAGGUCUCAUGGCUGUGUCCACGCACUUCGAUAUACCCUUCAUCUCCAAAAGAACACCUGACUGGAUGAAGAAAAUGUUUGCAACAAUCACAAAGAGUGAGAGGAAUGGUCCUGUGUUCCGUUUUUUCAUGGAUCUAGGUGAUGCAGUUACAUAUGUCAAACGAUUGAAUAUUCCAAGUGGUGUGGUGGGUGCCUGCCGUCUUGAUUUAGCAUAUGAGCAUUUCAAGGAAAAACCUCACUUAUUCCAGUUUGUUCCAAACGAGAAGCAGGUCAAGGAAGCCAAUAAACUUCUUAAGACAAUCCCACAAAAUGAUGGCAGGCAAAGGGUUGACGGUGUUCCUGUUUUUACUGCUCAAAAUUUGGAUAUUGCGAUUGCAACAACUGAUGGGAUUAAGUGGUAUACUCCAUACUUUUUUGACAAAAAUAUGCUGGACAACAUUCUUGAAGAGUCUGUUGACCAGCAUUUUCAUGCAUUAAUUCAAAGUCGGCGCACACAACGCUGGCGGGAUGUGGUUGAUGACAACUUGGCAGAGGUAGUAGAAGAGAAUGGAGACAGUUUAUGGGAGCCUCCAGAGGUUCAAGAAGUGAUGGAUGAGAUGGGCCAUCCUGGAAUACCUCUGAGUGUCAUAUCAAAGGCAGCUGAAAUGCAGCUCCUUUAUGCUGUUGACAGGGUUCUACUGGGGAACAGGUGGUUGCGAAAGGCAGCUGGCAUUCAACCAAAAUUUCCUUAUAUGGUUGACUCAUUUGAAAGAAGGAGUGCAGUGUCUUUUCUGAAAGCAUCUGAGUCAAGCAGCUACAUUAUGAACUCUCAGACAGCAUAUGAUAAUAGUAAAGAUUCCCUGUCCCUUGGUUCCUCAGAGCUGAAAUCAAAGGAUAGUGUUGAGUCUGACACAAGUCAGAAGCCAGAUGUGCGGUUCCCCUUUGGAGAUUGGUUUAAUCAUCCAUGGUCAAAACAGCAGCACAAACUGCAAAACAAAUUGGAUCCAAGAACGGAAAGAAUGUUGAAGGAAUCUGUACAACAAGAACUAGAACCGAACCCUUUUCUUCCAAAGAUUACAAUGGUUGGAAUCUCAACGGGCGAAGCAGGGCAAAUGAGCAAAGCCACCUUGAAGAAAACGAUGGAGGAUCUAACAAGGCAGCUGGAGCAGACAGAUCGGGGAAGCACUUCUGGUGGUAGCAGUGGUAGUUAUGGUAGUGAUGAAUUCAAAAACGAAGACAGGGAUCCCCUAUUUGUUGCAAAUGUUGGUGAUUACUUUUCCAGGAUGGGAAAGAGAGGUUCUGCACGAUGGGUUCGUGGUGGAAGCAAUUAGAAGGAGCUAGAGUAACAAGCAUAAUGUUUCUUUUGCAGAAGUUAGUGAUGCAAAUUCAGUACUUCAAACCAAAGAGUAGAUGUAAUUUAACUUCAAAAAUGGGUAGGAAAUUUUGGGCUGGGAUGUUGGGCUCUUGUAAAAGAAAUGUGGGUGCAUCCUGUUUCUCUAUGAAUGCUUGUAAAUAGUGGAAAAAGUUAAUCCAAUGAUGGUGAUUAUAAA